AUGGCAAUUUUUAAUAAUAUUUCAAAAAAUUCAUUAAAUAUUAAAUCAAAUAAUUUAAUUAUUAAUCAAAAUUUUAAUCAAAAUUUAAAUCAUACCCAAAAUAAUAUUACAAGAAUGUAUACUUCAAGUAAAUGGGUUUAUGUUUCAUUUUAUUAUGAAAGAAAUUCUUGUUCUCUUGGUAGUUAUUAUUAA